AUGAACGAAGGCACUGAAGACAAGGGAUCAUCUCUGACAGGAGAAUCUCCUUGCCUUGCAUGUCCUUUUUACAGAAACGAUGCGAUACGCCAUACCGAUUGUUUCAGUCUUAGAAUGGUACGAAUUCGAGAUGUCAAACAACAUCUCAGAAGACGACACUCAGAGCCGUCACACUAUUGCCCCACAUGUUACCAGAAGUUCAAAACGGAGAUGGAUAAGUCUCGUCACAUUUCGGAUAAGUCAGCUGGAAGAUGCUUUCCGACGGACGGAGGUCUCGAUUUUGUAUCAUUGCACGCUCAAGGACUUCUCAAAUCCAAAGCGAGCGGAAAGGCUACGGCAUCGGAACAGUGGUAUACCGUUUGGGACACAAUCUUCAAGCCAAAGCCAAGACCAAAUCGUCCUUACAUGGGGACAUUUGCAGAAGAAGCCAUCUCUUUACUACGGAUUCUCUGGCGGCAUGAAGGAGACCAAAUCGUUUCGCGAUCCUUAGCAACAAGACAGCUGUCCACUAGGAGUGUUAUCUAUUUCAAGGACAUCGUUCAUUCCGUUAUGGAAAAAUCAUUUGAUAUGUUUGGGAUGAGACUCAAAUUAUUGCAGUCCAUCGGGGUUCCGGCUUCUCCCUCAAGGCAGGAAAAGCCUUGUGACGCUCACCAACAACACGAUGCUUCGAAUGAUAGAGAUGAGCAAAGCUUCGUCACCACCACGGUCCCUUUGGAUCAAGGUGGAUUUGAGUCCGUCGUUGACGAUUGCCUCCACGAGAUAGAAGGAAACAUAAGUUGGGACUGGAUCUCCGAGCAUCAUGUCGCGGAGCUCCAUUUCACGCCUGAUCAUGGCGCCUUUACAAAGCGAUGUUGA